CGUGGGAGCCCCGGCCCCGCGCGGCUCCCUCCAGGCGUCCCGCGCCCUCCUUCCUUCCUCGCCCGGACGGACGCACUUCCGGCGGAUGUGGGGGGAGCAACCCCGGAAACGGAAGUGAGCGGCGGGGCUGGCUGACGGUAACCGUGCUGAGAAGCUCUCCGCCGAGCGACCUGAAGAUGAAUACCAGAGGACUUGGAUCUCAGCUAAAGGACAGUAUUCCAGUUACUGAGCUAUCCGCAAGUGGACCUUUUGAAAAUCAUGAUCUUCUUCGAAAAGGUUUUUCUUGUGUGAAAAAUGAACUUUUGCCCAGUCAUCCUCUUGAAUUAUCAGAAAAAAAUUUCCAGCUCAACCAAGAUAAAAUGAAUUUUUCUACACUGAGAAACAUCCAGGGUCUGUUUGCUCCACUAAAAUUGCAAAUGGAAUUCAAGGCAGUGCAACAGGUUCAGCGUCUUCCAUUUCUUCCAAGCUCAAACCUUUCGCUGGAUAUUUUGAGGGGUAGUGAUGAGACUAUUGGAUUUGAAGAUAUUCUUAAUGACCCAUCACAAAGUGAACUAAUGGGAGAACCACACUUGAUGGUGGAACAUAAACUUGGUUUACUGUAACGCAGUGUGCUGACCACGGAAAUGGAGGGGCGGCAUCUUGUUUAUAGUCAUCUUUUUAUUAUCGUUUUAUGUAUACAACAUUAAACGUACUGACACGUGCGCAUUGUUGCCUAAGUAUUAUCAGCAUUUGAAAUUAUUUGGGUCUUUGGUUUAUGACCAUGUGACAACUGAAAGUGCUAGAGAUGAUUUUAAAAGUCCUGGUUUAUAUUAAAACAAUAGCCUUUUAUGUCUUUUAAAAAAUUGCUGCUAAUGAAUAUUGUAAAACUGACAGCAGGUUCCAGUUCAGCCUAUUAGAAUACCUAUUCAAGGUAUUCCAUAAAUUGAAAUUUGAAUAACCAUCAUCAGUAUUUGACUGUAGUCUUCAUGGUAGCCUCUGUCAGAGUAAACAUCUGUAAUGGAGUUCAGUGGUAACACUUCAGAUUAAGUACAAAAUCAGAUAUUUUUAUUUACCUUGUUUCAAUAUAGUCCAUUAGUACUUAUAAGAAUACUGUUGGCUUUGUUGAAGCUACUUUAGAAUUAUAGCUAUUAUUUGAUUCUUUCAGGUUGAAAAGUGUAAGUUCAGUGGUUUUGAUUUCAGUCUUGUUUUUAAAGUGAGAAAUUAAAGCAACCAGCAGGUGUCAAAGUGCACUGCAUAGAUUUAUAUGUCACAAGAUGCUUAAAAACAGGUCAGAACAUUCAUGUAUGCACACAUACUAUGUUUCCAUAAACAAGUUACAUUAAAAUUUAUUUAAAGAUAAAUCUUCACUACAGUGGUUCUUAUACGCUAUUCUUUAUGAACCUGAUAUACAGAAAUUAAAGAUUUUGAGAUUUAA